AUGGUUUUUGACGCUUCUUCAAAAGGUAAAGGUUGUAAGUCUUUAAAUGUUUGUCUUACACCUAGUCCGCCUUUGAAUCCUAGAAACCUUGAUGUGCUGUUGAGAUUUAGCGAAUUUGAGUAUGCAUUUUGUAGUGAUAUACAAGGAGCAUUUUUAAAAAUUGGAAUAGCUAAGGAGGAUAGGGAUUAUUUGAGAUUUUUCUGGUUCCCAGAUGACCAGGUUUCGAAGUCUCACAAAAUUCUGAGAAUGACACGCGUACUAUUCGGUGUAACAUCUAGUCCAUUUAUGCUUUCUGCAACCAUUAAAUGCCAUAGUCGUGAAUUAAAAGACAAAAGCAAUAAAUCUACUUCAUGA